AAGUAAGCAAGCGUAAGAGUAACUAGUAACAAAAACGCGUACUUAGUGUACAUAUCUAUUUUCUACAGUGUUUAAAUUUUGUUUUUAUUGGUUCUAUUACAUUAUUCAACAUGACUACAUCUUUAGCACAGCAGUUGCUGCAAUUGCAAGUGCCACAAACCUCUUUGGAGAUUGGCAAAAAGAAGAGGGCUUCUCUGUUGUUUGAUCCGAAAGAAGCAGCAAACAUAUCCAAAGAGAUAUUCUUUGAGUUGGGACUUGAUGGCUUCGAGGAACUUAAGAACAAGAAUCCACAGUUUGCUAUAUUUGAAUCCACAUUGUUUCACAUCUCCUCCAAGGAUUUUGAAAGGACAUUGAAAACAGCCUCAGAGAAUGAGACUUUGGACAGUAUUAUAAGGAAAUUCUUCUACCAUCUAUCACCAUACUUUUUACUGUCAUGCUCACACAAGGCCCUCGAAUGGCUUAUAUACAGAUAUUACAUUCACCAAUUUAACAAAGAGGAUUUCUUGAUGCUUAUAUUGCCAUACCAUGAGACGAAUAUCUUCGUGAGGGCAUUGCAAACGAUGAAGUUCAAGGAAGGCGAGAAAUUCGCAUGGUUGAAGCCGUUGCAGAGCACCGGCGUUCAGUUGCCGAAGAGCACAUUGUAUGGCCAUGCGGCGAGUCAACAGUAUUUCUUGAAUUUCGUUUCCACAAAUAUUAUUAACGCAGUGAAGGAAGUCCAAAAGCCGUCGACGUUAACGGUGAUGUUCAAUUUCUAUUGCACGGUUUUCACUGGCGCUUUGGAUGUUUGCGACAAUAUACAGGAAACGCAUAUCUCGCAAAUGAUUCCCGCAAUUACCAAAGGAUUGAAGUCUGAAAUCCCAGAUUUUUGUGCCUCUUCUUACAUUAUUCUAUCAAAGAUGCUGACUAACGUUACACUGUCUGAGAAGAUUUUGGACUCUGUAGUGCAGAGAUUGACUAAUUGCAAUGUUUCCACGUUGAACAACGAAUCUGUUUUGGCGUUGGUUAUUUUGUAUCAAUCUCAAGAGGAGUACACAACGAUGCCUAUCGCGGCAAUUAAGAAAUGGACGCAAAAGGUUUGGGUUCCAAAGACUUUGCAGAGGUUGAGUGAUCAAGGAUAUCUGAUUCAACCACUGCUACUUGCACUCUUCAAUGGAAGCAUUCCAUUAGCUAUGGAAGAGGUCUCAACUGAUUCAUGCAGGACGUUUGUUGAUAACCUUAUGAAUGAACUAAAACUUGAUGAUUCUAUUGCACAACAAGUUUUUAAUAUAUUACUGGAUUCAUAUGAUACUGAAACAAUGUAUGAGCCUGAGAACAAAGUUUGGAUGAGCAAAUUGCUGGAGACUAUUGAUAAACAGAAUCCGUGCGCAUUCGACAAAGAAAUCAGUAAUUUGAUGGCGAAAAGCGAUGGCAAUACAUCGAAGCAAUUGGCGCUGAAGUUGAUCAUGAAUUCUAUGGAGGGAAAGAACGGAGGUUUGGACUUCGAGAAGCUUUAUCAUCCUUCAGCUGAAAUCCGCAAAAUGGCAAUCAACAGUAUGGUGAAGAAGUUCGAUCAGCUAAAAGACAGGCAAAGGGAGGCAAUCCAGGAUUCGCUUCUUGAUCGAUUACAGGACAUAGACUCGAGCGUCGUCAAUGAAACUUUAAAGAUUCAAGGUCUGUCUGAGAUAAUAGGCGAGCAACAGUUUAUAAAGAUUUUAAUCUCUGUAUUAACGAAGAAAUAUGCUGAAGUCAACAGCGAAUUAAUAUCGACCGCUUUGGGAUUGCUUUGCAAGUACAAUCCGGAUGAGAAUGUUCAAGUAUUUUUAACGAUUCUGGCUUUCUUCUUGCCGAUGACCACCGAAGAUGUAAAGUACUUGCAGAUAUUAAAGACGAAUCUAACGAAAUCGAAGUGCUUCAAACCUCUGCUACAACAGCUGAAAAACGAUUCAAACCCAGAGAACAUUUCCAAUACUGUGCAUAAGUAUUUAUCCGAAAAUAAAUUGAAUAUCGAUUGCGGAAAAUUGCUGGAAACAAUGCAAUCUGUAAAUUUAGAACGAGCCAUCCAUAAAUAUUUGGCCAUGUUAGUUUUGAGCAAUUCAAUGGACGAAGCCAAGGCCGAAGACAAUUACAAAGUUCUUCAAAUCUUCUUCAGUUACUUUAACGGACUCAAAGUAAAGACGAGCAAGAAAAUCCUUAACUGCGCCUUCAACGAUAAAUUACCUUUGGACGGAUUUCUGUUGUGCCUCAACAAACUAAUGAUUAAAACCGAGAAGAUCUCCAAGAUCAGCUUAUUGGACUUUUAUACGGAAUCUGAUGAUAACAAGUUCGUUAUACUUCUCUUAGAAUUCUUGCUGAUGGGCGCUUUCCAUCCGGCUCAAUCCAAAGCGUACGAGACUAGUUUCAAACUGUUUUUGAACCAUUUCUGCGUCGAUUCAAACGAAAAAACUGGUUUACUGUUGAACCUCUCGACGGCCGACUCGAAACUAUUGAAUAACAGCACGAAAUUGAGAAGUCUGAAGUGCGUUUCCGUAAUUCUGACUAACAGCAAAUUGGAUUUAAACUCGCUGAUCGCUUUGGACAAAGUAACGGUUCCAUAUUUACUAGUGGGAUUGCAAAAUGAGUUUCCGGAAAUUAGAAAUCAAGUGUUCGAUAUCUUGGAAACAUUUUUGACUUGCAAGAAAGAGAAUUAUCAUGAUUUGAUCACUGGAUUGAUCAAUAGGAAGGAGGAAAUAUUCACCGAUAAUGAGCAAUUGCCUUUUGCUGUUAAUAUCAUAUUAAAUGAGAAGAAGAAAGUGAAGAUUUUGGAUGCUUUAUUGAAUAUUUGCGGAGGUGUAUAUCCCAUCUAUUUGAAGUCCGGUAUGGUAAAGGCGUUAUCAUCAUUUGAAGAAAUCAAGGUUUACGAUCAAAUUGCGAAGAUCGGUAUUGAUAUUUUGGACGGAUCGGAUUGGAACUCGCAGAAUUGCAAGAUCAUCUCGGAGAGUAUAAAGCAAUUUGGUGAAGUUUUAGCUAAGCGAAUUGACGCGAAGAGUGUGUCUUGGGAGUACAUUCAAAAGGUGUUGAAAAACGAUAAGAUGUGUUUGAUUCACGACGAUGAAGAGUUCGAUGAGAUUCCUCCAACGAUUAUGUUGAUGAAGCGCAUUAAUAAAGAGGUAUUUGAGAAUCUCAAAGAUGAAGUGAAGAAAACCCUGUUGGCAAUUAUUAUAGAUAUGUCGACGCAUUCAUCCAACACUUCGUUGCCUUCUGCAGCUGGUAAAUUAUUUAAACAUAUCGAUUUGGAUGCCGUGCUAGUGUUGGAUAUACUGCAGAAAAUGAGGGAUGCUCAAUCACCAAAGAUGAACGAAGCCAAGUUGAAGAGGCGCGUUAACAUCACACCGACAAUUGAUAUUUUGGACACGAGCGUUUGGAAGUACGGAAUAACGAUGCUGGAGUUCAUCCAGGACAAGAAGAAGAUGAGAAACGCUGAUAAACUGAUUCCUGUUCUCUUUGAUAUUUUGAAAAAGUGCUUGGAAUUCGAGGAACAGGCAAGUCUCGAGUACACCAAGCAGCUUGUAUUAUCGACGAUUUUGCACUAUUGCCAUAAAUUGAAUGUGUCCGAUGUGCCAAAGAGUGUAUUCAAUAUGGAAUUGGUGGUGCAAUGCAUCAGAGCUUCGCAGAAUCCUCAGACCCAUCAUCACGCGUUACUUCUUCUGGCACACACCGCCAAGUUUCUACCGGAUCAUGUGUUGCAGCAUACAAUUGCAAUUUUCACCUUCAUGGGAUCUUCCGUUUUACGUCACGAUGAUUCUUACAGUUUCCAAAUUAUCAACAAGACCAUCGAAACUGUUAUUCCGAUUUUGACGGCUGAAGGAACUGAUGCUGAUUAUCUCAAUGUGCUGCGCGUCUUCGCCGGAGCGUUUAUGGAUGUCCCUGAGCAUAGGAGAUUCCCAUUAUACAAAGCGUUCCUGGAACAAAUCGGCCUUAAGGAUAAACUGCACGUUUUCCUGCUGCUGAUUUGCGAGCACAUCGUAAAAUUCGCUCAUAACAAGGAUAAAAAAUCGCCUCGAUUGGAGAACGCGACCAAUCUGUGUCUGCUCUUCCCGCUGGAGGUAAUCUUCCACGCUUGCUGCGAAAUCUUGAAUUACAUAAAGAAUAUUCCUGAAUUGAAAGAUGAAGCAGUUUCCGAGAAGAAUGUGCAUUUGAUUCCAAUUGAUCAUUUGUCGGAGAAGGAGUUCAGACAUUACAGAUACACCGCCCUGCAAUUUGUAUCCGGACUUCUUGUAAAUCCACGAUUAGUUAGUAUGGUGGCUUCCGUUGAGGGAGAAUCUCUGUUGGAAUUGGAGCCCAUCUUCAAGCAAAGUAUUGUUUACGUCUUGUCCAUCAUCCAAAAGACAACGCAGAUUUCCACCGAGCAUCCAUACAAUAUGUUAACAAAGUAUUGGAAAUUCACUUUGCAUCUUUUGUACGAUGUGCUGGAUGGAAUCAACGCUCUAUUAACCGUUGACAUGUUCCUACUGGUAAUCAAAGGUUUGAUAACGCACAGCUUCUUCAACGUGAGAAAGCGAGCAUUGGAGCUACUCAACUCGAAACUGACGCAUUCGCCGGAGUAUUUCGCCGAGUGCAAGGAUGACGAUAUGUGCGCAAUGCUUGGACCGAUCGUCGGCAUUUUCAAGAUUCUCCAAGAAGAAAACUUAGACAGCGAGCAAGAGAUGUCCGUGCAACUCGCUCUGAUUUCCAUCAAGCUAUUCGCAAGAUAUCUGUGCGAGACGAAGACGGAGAACUUCGAGACCAUCCUCGACCUCGUCACCGAUAUCAUAAAAUCGAAUGAUUCACCGAACAUCCUCGCCUGCGCUUUGCUUUGCUACGGAGAUCUCUGCACACACCUCAAAGCCAAAGCUAUCACGACGUUGGAGAGAUCUAUGAAUGUUAUUAUUAAGGUAAUUAUGUUGCACAAGAACAAUCCGCCAGGCACCCCACCCUCGAUGUUACUAUUGAGUACUAUGACGGCCUUGAGUAAAAUAAUGGAGACCUUGUAUCUCUUCCUGAACCCGUACAUCGAAAGACUGUUGUUUGCGCUCACCUCCAUUGGAGGCACCUGGGCAGUACACGACACCGAUCCGAAGGUGAUCCAACUCUACGCGAAACUUACAAUCAUAAAGAAGAAAAUGUCAUCCAUCCCAAUGCGUUCACUUAUAUCAGGCGUGGAAUCCUGCUUCCUGUUACUCGUGGCCAACGACAAGUUGGAGGGCGUCGGCAUGUUAAUGGAAAUCCUAUCCGAUGGACUGCAAAUUAUUUCCAACUCGGAGAUGAAGUCGGUCGUGUCCGAACUCACCGAGUUCUUCCUGACAGCUUUGGCGUACCGAGAGGUUGUGCGACCGGAUGUGAUUUUCUUCGAUGUCGAAGGAUCUGUACUGGAUGCUCUCAUGCAAUUGGUUCUUAAGAUGUCCGAAUCUUCGUUCAGACCCAUCUUCUACCAGAUAUUCGAUUGGGCUUGCCACGACUCUGAGGACACUGAACGAAUCAUCACCUUCUAUCGGAUGGCCUACAAAAUUGCUGAUAAUCUCAAAGGGUUGUUCGCCCUCUUUGUCGGACAUUUCCUGCAGAACGCCGCAACUCUCCUCGACGCCUGCCAUUCCAAGAAGUCGAGCUUGUAUUACAACGAAGAGAAUAAAGUUAUUCGAUUGGUAGAGAAUAUCCUGGAGACGAUAAACUCUGUCUGUAUAUACGAUUUCAGGCAUUUCAUGCGUGUACGUUUCGAUAUAAUGUGCCAGCCGCUGGUCGAUCAAUUGGAGAACGAAAUCGGUGAUAUGAAUGGCAGAUGCACGGAGGUUGUGAUUCCUGCUAUUGUGAACUUCACCGUCGCCGUUGCCGACGAGGCCCUCUGGAAACAACUUAUCUACCAGAUUUUGUUGAAGAUGCGCAACCCGAAACCUCAGAUCCGUUCCAUCUCUUUGAUCUGCUUGCGCGACAUCGUCAAGAAGUUGGGUGAAGAAUUCCUGCCGCUGCUUCCCGAAACCAUACCAUUCCUAGCAGAGUUGUUGGAGGACGAAGAGGAGAGCGUCGAGAAGCUGUGCCAGAAGGUCGUCCAAGAAAUGGAAGUUGUUCUCGGGGAACCCAUCCAGAAAUAUUUUUAAACAAAAUUUUUCAUAAAAGAAAUAAAUAUACGUUUACUGUUACAAUUUGUAUAUACCAUUUCCAUACCAUAAUCUAA